AUGGAUCCUUCCAAUCUUUCCCACAUUGCAAAAAUGUUCAUGGAUUAUAUGAAUGAUGACAUGAAUGAAGAACUUGUGAGAUUGUUUAAGGAAGAAGAAGCCUCGAGUUCUAGAAGGCCUAGACGACAGAGAAGGAAUAUAGAGAGGAAUCGUGAAGAGGGACGUGAUCGAUUGUUCAAAGAUUAUUUUUCAGAAACUCUGGCAUACACAAAUGAGCAAUUUCGUAGAAGGUACCGAAUGCAUAAACAUGUGUUCCUUCGUAUUGUUGAAGCUAUAGGUCAACAUGAUGAGUAUUUUCGAAUGAUGGUUGAUGCAACAGGUAGGGCAAGUCUUUUACUAUUACAAAAAUGCACUGUUGUUAUUCGUAUGCUGGCAUAUGGAACAUCUGCUGAUAGUGUGGAUGACUAUUUGAGAAUUGGUGAAACCACGACAUUAAAAUGUGUUGAUAAGUUUACAAGAGGAGUGAUCAACAUCUUUGGUGCACAAUAUUUGCGAAGGCCAAACGCCAAAGACAUUGAACGCCUAAUGCAAAUGUGA